AUGGCAGCUAAAACACUACCUGACCCUUCGCUGUGUGUCACUGCAACGGACUUUGAGAAUGUCGCCAAGGAUGUUCUCUCAGAGAAAUCAUUGGUGUAUGUAUCCAGUUCGGCCGCAUCAGGAUUGUCAAUGAAGACCAAUCUUGACGACUGGUCUCUGAUCAACUUCCGGCCUCGUAUCCUGAGAAGUGUGGAUAAGAUGGACACCAGGAAGUCCAUUCUGGGUUCGACCUCGCAAUUCCCGUUCUUUGUCUCGGCCAUGGGAACUCUUGGCAGUGCUCACCCAGGUGCUGAGCCUUUGCUCGUCCGGGGAGCUACUCGCAAAGGCCUGCACACAAUGAUUAGCACUGCUUCGACAAAGACACUGGAAGAAAUCAUGGAUGCACACCUCGAUGAACAACGGUUUCUUAACAACCAAAGUCCCUCCAAGCUUUCUUUCCAACUUUAUGUUCCUGUCGAUAGGACAAAAGCCAAGUCUCUUAUUCAGAGAGUCAAGAAGGCUGGGUUCCAGAGCCUCUGGGUUACGGUGGACACUUCAACGCUGGGAAAGCGAACAGCGGACCGUUAUCUUCAGGCACGAGAGAAUCUUGCUGCCCCCAAAGAGAAUAUUGUGAGAGCCGGCACUGGGGAGACCAAUAGUGAAAACAGCUAUGCCCCGGCAUUUGGCGGGCGACAGGUUCCCGGUUCAGUGGAUGCUGGUCUCACUUGGGAGGACUUGGAAUGGAUCUCAAAGGAGUGGAAUGGACCACUUGUUCUCAAGGGAAUCCAGAGCGUCGAAGAUGUCAAAAUGGCCGUUGAACAUGGUGUGCAGGGUAUCUUGUUAAGCAACCAUGGCGGUAGACAAAUUCAUUCCGCCCCGAGUUCGUUGAUGACACUCUUGGAGAUUCGAUCAUACUAUCCGGAAGCAUUUGACAAGCUCGAGGUGUUUGUCGAUGGUGGACUCCGUGAUGGCUCCGAUGUCCUCAAGGCUUUAUGUCUUGGAGCAACUGCGGUAGGAGUUGGUCGACCGUAUUACUACGCCCUCGCGGCAUACGGUGCUGAAGGAGUAGAGCGAUGCACAGAUAUCCUGGCCGAGGAAGUUGAAAUCACAAUGAAGAUGUUGGGAGUUUCCUCUCUCGACCAACUUCAGCCUGAUAUGAUCAACACAAGCCGACUGCAGAAUGAGAUGUGGCGGCCAGCAUUUGGAAGAUCGAAGCUGUGA